GGCCUAAUGAUUCGUUUUUAUGUUUUUUUGAAGAAAUAUUAAAAAUGGGCUCAACACUUAAUUUUACUGGUCAACUUAAUAUCUGUUUUUUUUUUCUAUUUAAAAUUUAUUUUGGAAGAAAGUUACUAUUGUAGUAUAUAAAGGGUUAAUUAGGGUUGAUAUUUGUUAAGAUAGUUUUCCUCAAGAAGGAAACUAUGUGUGUGGAUGGCGGAAAAAUUAGAAAACCACCCAUACGCUGGGUUGGAAUUUUAGAGUUACAUGCCUUCGAAUGUUCAUGUGGCAACUCUACCGCCAUUUGAUAUGUCAUGAUUGCUCGACAUAACCUCACAGUUUUGUUUACUUUGCUUCAUGUGUGGUAAAAGAAUUUUGAAGUAUUCUCAGAUAUUUUGUUUUGAAAUUUAAUGAAAGUGACUGAGAAAAAAUGAAAGAGAAAUUCUGAGCAAAAUCAUGUGGGAGUACAACCCAACAAUGCCGGUGCUCGAGUCUAUUCCGCAAUUGUGCUCAUAUUUGACCUCAUCAUGAUCUUUGUGCAGUGGACCUAUUUUUUAUUUGAGGGCAUCUACCUACUCUUCAAGCCACCGGAAGAAAAAUCUGUGGUGGGGGAGAUUGUCCUGAUAACAGGAACUGAUCAUGGGAUUGGCAGGGAAAUGGCACUCCAAUAUUCAGCACUGGGAGCCACAGUUGUCUGCUGGGACAUCAAUGAGGAGGGAAAUAAGGAAACUGUGAAAGAAAUUUGCUCCCGUAAAGGAAAAGCCCAUGCAUUUGUGUGUGACGUCUCGAAGUGUGAGGAGAUCAUUGAGGUGGCCAAGAAGGUUAAAGCGAAAGUCGGAACUGUGAUACGAUUUAAGUGGACCAAGGAGACCAAGGGUAAAUGGGAGACAAAAAGAAUCCCACACUAAUGACAAGGCUAAAACCCCGCGAUAUCAACAUCUGGAAAUCUGAAUAUCUGGAAAUCGAAGAGGAAAAGAACCUUGCAGAAUAUUUUCUUGAAUCUUCCAAGAUGAAGACUGAAAGACACAAUGAAGCUAAACCCGGAUGCUUCCGGAUAAUUAGUGGGCAGAAAUCGCUAGGACAACAAGUGCAAGAGAAUUUUUGGGAAGGCACAAGUAUGCCUUUUUAUUCUAAAUUUUGCUCUAAAACUUUACAUUUAUAUUCAAUUGUCACAAGUAACAAAUAGACAGUACACUUCAUUGGUAAAAUAUCACAUAAUGAGACGCAA